CCAGCACACAGCCCGCUCGCACCACCACCGAGACGCAGCACCCCCAGGCAGCACCCACAGCCACACCAUGCCUGCGCCCGCAACACCACACACCCGCCUUGGGCUCAGCGCCCAACUGCUCCUGCUCCUCCUGACGGCUCUUGCCACCGGCCUCGCCUGCCACCAGCAGCCUGCCCACGAUGCCACCUUCCCCUGGCGCAGCCUCCAGCUCCUCCAGGCCAUGGCUCCCAGCCCCACACAGCCCUGCCACCACCAGGAGCAGCCGCCCCUCUUCCCCGACACCCUCCUGCACAUCACCCACCCGCAGCAAGCCGCCGCCACCGCCCUCCGCAUACUCCAGCACCUCUUCCACACCCUCAGCAGCCCCAGCACCCCCCAGCACUGGCACAACCACCCGCGCCAACAGCUCCUCAACGGCCUCCAGCACCGCAUCCAGCGCCUCCAGCACUGCCUGCCGCACAACGCCACGCUCUUCCCGGGACAAGGGCCCCGCAACCCGCUCCUCACCAUCAACAAAUACUUCCGACACAUCCACCACUUCCUGCGCGCCCACAACCACAGCGCCUGCGCCUGGGACCACGUCCGCCUCGAAGCUCGCCUCUGCUUCCAGCACGUGCACAACCUCACCCGCACCGGCCGCACUUAG